CCGGGAAACACUCGACGAUUGGCGCAUAAAAUGUUUUCGUCGCUGGCCCUGAGUUCUCGUUCCGUCUCGUUCCAUCCUUCUGGUUGUACGAUGCUCGUGUAAGGCUCGUACCCAAUAUUGCCGCGCCGAACGCGCUGAAGAAGGAUGCUGGGCAUAAGAUGGAGCGACUUUCUUUCGGCGCCGGUGGAAGUCCUGACAACGACCAGAGUGGGUAUAUAAACUGGUAGCUUUGCUCUCUACAAGAAGCAAGUGAUUGAGCGGCCUCCCUCCACUUCACAUCAGAUCCGCACUACCACCACCACCACCAACCGCCAACCGCAACCCAUUCACCAUGAGGCCCCAACACCUCCUCCUCCCCCUCCUUACCGCGCCCCUCUCAUCCGCCUGCCUCAUCUACUCCGCCUGGCAGUCGCGCGGCCUCAGCAACCUCCACGCGACGCUCACCGACAACGGCCAACAAGUCUGCUGGUUCGACGGCGACGGGCCCGACUCCGGCGGCGCAUACCGCUUUAACUGCAUCGCGGCAAAUUUUGCGGCUAUCGUGUACCAGGACGCUUCCACUGGAACACAUAGGGUUCUGUACGCGAACCCUGGGGGGAACUUUGAGUUCACCGCGCUUUUGGGUGGUUCUGGGGGGACGUAUACGUGCGGGCUGAGCGCGGACACGGCAUGCGGUCAAGACUCCGAACAAAUCUUCGUCUCCGUAGCCGUCUUCAUGAUCUUGAGCGCCCUCUUCGCCAGCUCCUCGCUCGUCACCAUCCAGAUGGCCAUCCUCGUCAUGGCGCUGACCCUCGUCGCGGGCGUCUUCGGCCGCGUGACGGCCAUGUGGAUCUCGGCUGUUAUCAUGCGGGACAGACCGGUUCUGCAUCGCGUGGCCAAGCACCAGGACGACGCGAGCGUGUUCAUGGAGGCGGUGCUGCGCAAGGAGGGUAUUGUGUGCGAGGUUAUGGGUCAUGCUGUCAUCGCAGCCAGGUGUGUGAAGAGGAAUCCUAAGUGGACUUGGAGCGCCUUGUUGGGGGUGCUGGCGCGGGCGUUUGACGUGUCGAAGAUUGCGGUAAGGGCGCUUGCGUAG